AUGGAUGCUCAGGUUGAAUUGUUGCGUCAGUUCGUGAAUAUUUGCAAAAGCAAUCCGGCAAUUUUGCAUGAGCCAAGAUUCGAAUUCUAUAGGGAUUAUCUUGAAAGUCUUGGUGCAAAACUUCCACCCCCACCAACAGAACCAAAUGAAACGAAAUCAUUCGAGCCAGCUGGUCACAAUGAGGAACCACCAAUGAGCGAAGAACAAGUGAAACCAGAAGAGGAACUGGAGCUGGACAUGUCGGGAGUAAUAAAGGGCGAAGAAGAUGAGCCGCUUCCAAUGGGUGAUAACAAUAAAGAGAUAACUGAAGAGGAUAUGGAAAAAGCAACUGAGCAACGAGUGCUUGCCGUGAAUGCAUUCAAUGAAGGAAAUUUUGAAAAAGCUGUGGUACAUUUUACUCAUGCCAUCGAACUGAAUCCAGGACUGGCUCUUUUGCACGCCAAAAGGGCGAAUGCGCUUCUAAAAUUGAACAAGCCAAAUGGUGCAAUCCGCGACUGUGAUAAAGCAAUUUCAUUAAAUGCGGACUCAGCACAAAGCUAUAAAUUUCGUGGACGAGCUCACAGGUUACUUGGCAAUUUCGUGGAAGCUCACCGUGAUCUAGCCAUGGCAUGUAAAUUGGAUUACGAUGAUGAGGCAAAUGUUUGGCUUAGGGAAGUCGAACCAAACGUAAUUUCUUUAAAAUUUUUGCAUAUUGAUACAUUAUUGAGUACAUCACUUUAA